AUGUUGUCUCGUCAAGUCGCUUCUUCUGCAAGAACCAUGUCCUCUCAACGUUUCUUUAGUACCGCCUCUAUCGCUGCUUCCGAAGGCAAAGGCCAACCUUUAAGCGAGAAGGAAAAGGCUCACGAAAACCAGUGGGCACAAAAACACGACGCUGAGAAGUUGCAAGCAUUGCGUAAGGCUUUGGAAGACCAAGAGAAGGUUACCCAAAAACUCAAGCAGGACCUUGAGAACCUUGAGAAGGGCAAAUCCAGCUAA